GGGUGGGGUGGGUGUGAUCGGGUAGAGGGUGGAGUGGCAAAAGGGUGAGAAACGGGCAAAACAGGAACUCCAAACGUACACAAAACACCUGUUUUUGUCCUAAGCCUGUCGAGCAUCUCUUACUCUUCCUCCCUGGCACGCGUAAGGGGCCUUUGAACUUGGAAACCUGGCGACUCCUCGGGAGCCCCCUGCCCCCGUUCAAGAAGGGCUGCGGGGCUCAGGGGGCAUCCUUGGCAGGCAGCGAGGCAUCUUCCUGAGAGCACUCCGGGUUCCCAGCGCGCGGCAGGUCUGCGUGGUGGCCUACCUUGGACUGUUCAUGCUCUGUGUCUCAUACCAAGUUGAUGAGAGGACAUGUGUCCAGUUUUCUAUGAAAGUACUCUACUUCCUGCUGAGCGCCCUGGGGCUGGUGGUCUGCACGCUGGCGGUGGCAUUCGCUGCCCACCACUGCUCCCUGCUUGCCCGGUUUACCUGUGAGAGCUCUCUGGAUUCUUGCCUGUGCAAACUGCCUUCCUCGGAGCCACUCAGCAGGACCUUUGUGUACCGGGACGUGGCCGACUGCACCAGCAUCACCGGCACUUUCAAACUGUUCUUAAUCCUCCAGAUGGUCCUCAACCCGCUCUGUGGCCUUGUGUGCUUGCUGGCUUGCUUUGUGAUGUGGAAACACAGGUACCAGGUCUUUUAUGUGGGUGUUAGGCUGCGCUCCCUGAUGGCUUCUGAUGCUCAACCACAAAAGGCCUAAGAGCUUGGCUCGGGGUAGAGGCGGAAACGGAACCCUGACUAGCCAAGGUGAAAAAAAAAAUGCAAUUUUCUAAAGGCAAACUUUUGAAAACAAAUGCUUAUUCGUUCUCUAAGGGAAUAUUUUUAGAUUUUUUUCAGAAAACGAAAGAAUGUUUUUUUAGAUCUCUAUUGGUACAUUUUUAAAAAUUCUUGUGAGGACUGGGUGGAAAAACAGCCCACACGUCCUCCUGCGGAGGCCCUGAGUUCAAGGUCAGUUUCGGAACCCAAGUUGGGUGGCUCACACCUCCCUGUAUCUCCAGUGCCAUGGGCAUGGGGUACCCCACACACAUGCAAACACAUGUAAAUAUUUUUUUUUAAAAAAAAACUUAUUUUUUAAAAAAGUUUUUUAUGAGAAACAAGAUUGAAAUUGAUUUGACAAUCCCUGAAAGGGAAAGGAUUGGUACAGGAGGACUGAGUGACGGAUCGCGUGCUGCAUCCUGGGGCUUACUCCUUACUCUUUCCUCCGUGACUCACGUUGCCUCCUUUCCUGUCCGUCCAGUGUGAGGUGUGAACUGGCGUCCAAGGCCGCUUCCUAGACUGCAGAUUCUUCUACUUCCUUCUACCACCUGCCAUUAUUCAUGUGGUGUCUCCGAGAAUGGUAGAGGUCUGGGGGGAGACGAAUCUCUGUGCUGAAUGCUUUUAUUUUUCACAGCAGAGACGCCCUUAAGGGUUGAAAUAGCUUUACAAAACCCAAACCUAGUAGAGCCGGAAGGCUGAGUAAAUUAUAAACACCUGGGCUGGGCGCAGCCUUCUGGCUGCCUGAGCUCUGCUCCAUGAGUGGGCCGCAGCCUCCGUGACCAUCAUCUGCAGCCUCCCUCCGUGACUGUCUGCGGCCUCCAUGAUUGUCCACUUCACCUAAUUGAAAGGUGGCUCCGUUGCAUUCUUAACGAUGUAGAAAGUUUAAAAAUAAUUAUAUUAUGCCUCUAGUCUAUCAUCUAAAACAAACCAUUAAGACUAAUUUCCCGCUAAUUGUUCAUUAUAACUGUGCUCAGAAGUCUGUUUACUGAGCCCCGGCUGCACUUGGGCAGCGCUGUUGGUGUUAAGAAAAAUGAUUGCCACAAGGAAAGACGUCUGAAGAUCCACUUUGCUGGAAGCCGACCCCUGCAGAAAAGAACUUGUGAUUUACAGCGCUCUUGGAGAAAAAAGCAAGAGCAUUUGUCAUAGGAAGCACACUAUUAGCACAGUGGUGAUGUGUUGGAAAGCGUCUCCCUUGACAACCAAGCACCUUUGAUGGUGAUUGGGUAGCACUGGUGAGCGCUCUCAUAAGCAUGGCCUUCCUAAUGCUGACUUUUGCAGUGAACCUCGACACAAACGUCUCAAAGUCAUUAUUCGGUGAUAUGUCCAUGGUGAGGGGGUCAAUUUAGUUUCAGUAGACUUAAGACACAGGCACUUGGUUGGGAUGGGCUUUGCUGGGCUGUCGUCACUAUUAAUUUCAGAAGAAUAUUGAGGAAGGUGCUCACCUGGCAGCCCCACGUCGUGGAAAGACCACCACGAAUGUCUCUCUUAGUCUCUGUUUUGAAAAGUAGACGUUCUGGGCCAUGCUGCAGCCAAGUUUGCUCUCCAGCUUGCUUGUUCAUAUACUUUGCUAGUCAGAACAUUUGCCUUAAAGGGAACAUACGUCCUCCUUUGCCCUUGAGAGUCAGUGGAGAGUUCCAUGACAGUGACAAUGGAGUCAGUCCUGUGUGACACACACAUCCCACCUAAAGGAAAGCGUUCGCCUAGUCAGCUGGAGGAUUGGCACUGUAGUUUACUCCAGGGAACACUCCUUGUGGUCUGACUUGCUUUGAGUCUGCCCUUCUCGCCUGCUGGCUCAGGUCAGGAAGGCCCACCCGAGAGGACAGUGGGUAAAAUCCCACCAGAGGUCUGAUCUCAACAUUACAUCAGCACAACACGAACUCUCCAGAUACUAACCUGAAAAACCUUCCUUCUUUGUUAAGAAUAACCAACUCUGGCUGGGGAGACAGCUUGGUUUGCCAAGUGCUCGCCACCCCAGUAAGAACUUGGUCCUUAGAAUCCAGCUAAAAAGGCCAGGCCUAGUGACAUGCGCUUGUAAUCCUGGGACCAGGGAGGUAGAGACAGGUAGAUCACUGGGACUCCUGGACCAGUCAGCUUUCAUUUAACAAUUGAAUUCUGGGUCCCUGGUAAGAGAGUUUGUCUCAAGAAACAAAAACAAAGAAACCGAAGUGGACAGCUGACCUCUGGCCUCCACAUGUAUCACACACACGGUUGCACCUACGCACAUAUAAGGAAUAACCAAAUUCACAUUGAUUUGUGGUAGUUUUCUAUAGAAAUAGUAAAAUGAUUGGGGAUCUUGGAUCUCACAGGCUGUCCUUUCAGAGUGAGGCUGUAGUCAUGUCCGCUUCUGUGCACGGGGCACACAGGGCACCUCUCACAGCUUCGACCAGCAAACCAACAGGGCGCUUGUUUGUUUGUUCAUUUGUUUGUUUUUAAUGAGAAAAUUAAGAUCCCUACACAGUUAGGUUGUUCUAUACUUUACAAACGACUCACAGGGCAUUUUAAAGGGUAGAAUAGUUUUACCCUGCAGGUUUCUCCUUUUCUAACACAGUCAGGAGUAGGCAUGGUUUAAGCUUAUAAUAUUUUGUCUGCAUAGAAUGGGAAUUUUGCUAUGAUAUGAUCAAAUUAUUCUUAACUCCCCAAGAGGGGGGAACAUUGUAAGUGCAUAGAAGGAGCAAAACCAAAUGAAUGGAUUCCCUUGCUAAGGCACACUAGUACAGUGUAAGGAUUGCAUUGCUUGAAUAACAAAUGGCUUUGGGCUGGAUUUGCAGUAUUUUGACAUUGUUUUGCAAAUAUUGAAGCUGCAGGAAGGGCAACAGAGAAGGAGCAGGCACACAGCUUCUCACUUAGCAAAAUGUUACACUUCAGAUCUGUCAAGGAGCCAGGAUGGUGACUGUGCCUUCCAAACCUAAAACAGCAAGGCUUGCACAGCCCCCUCCACAAGCCUCCUUCAGGAGAAUGAAAUGAAUCAAGAUUUUGCAAAGAAGAGAAAUGGCCAGGACUUGGCAGUACUUGGAAUAGGAAUACGACAGCCUGAAUGUACGGGCUGUCACUGAGCCCACUCAACGGAUCUGGGAUCUGUGUCUUCUUGUGACCAUCAUCUGUAGCUCCCAAGCUCCGUCCAAAUUGGUGUAGGCUGCACCUUGGAGCCGUGCCUGAACAGUAGCUACUCCAAAGCCCUAGAAACGGUAGUCGAGUAGCGGCCUCCAUUCCUCCUUUGGAUGGAGAGUUUAGAUGUCCUCUUCUGAGUGCCUUCCAGUGUGUUCCGCAGCAAAUGUCAUUCUGUACAUGUUUUCCACUCAUGUCCAACGUGAUCUCCUGAUUCUCUUCUGCUUCCUUCUACGUGCAGUAUACGGUACAUGAAUGAGAUUGUUGUAGAGACUGGAUCAAAGCUCUCGGGGGGCAGGUAUCAGGGGACAGUUGUGGAGCGGUUCCCGAAAGACAAUCAGAAAUGGACUUGAAAGCUGUCCAUCAUUUGCAGGUGUGAACUGGGUCCUGGUACUCGCUGGCAACCGUCUCUGACUUCUUGCUUCUCGGUCGCAUUUGUGUAAACACACCACUGGAUUUUCUUCUCGUUAAAAACCCACAAUGUGCUUAGCAGUGCAGUGUAAGCUCUGUCUGUGUGACGGCCAGAUGCUUGGUGGUGAAGCCUCCAAAGUGAGUUCACGUCUUCUAAUUUUCCUAUCUCACACGAGCACUGUCCCUUUCUGAACCAUGGCUCUGUGUGUUUGGUGCUGCGGUUUCUUUCCCUGGCCUUGAGCAAACCAAGAGUAGAUGAUGAAGUGUUUCUAUACGUUUGUUUUUAAAGGGGGGUGCAUGUGUUUCCUUUAUUAAUAAACUGUUCAUAAUCCACAAA